AUGAAAAUCGUCGACGGUCUACUAUUUAUGAAAAAUCUUGAAAAUCCAAAGGAGAUAACUGAAAGAAAGAAAGUUGAUUUGGAGAAUGGAGAGCAUAAUUAUUCAAAGAACUUUGACAGGACGUUGACAAAAGAACAAGAAGAAGAUGCAACGAGUUUUUCGUCAAAGUUACUUGAGCAUAAAUCUCAAUUAGAGAGUCGUCUACUCACUCGUGAAGAUCUGAUUAAUUUAGACAAAAUUGAACCUCGUUGGAGAUAUAUUCGAAUAGGAUUAUUAAUUGGAUUUGGGAUUAUAUUUUUUGGUCUUUUAGCAGCAUGUAUUGUUUAUAUAAUUGUUGGAGAAAAAUGCCCAUCUGUGCCCAAAUUACCAUUUUGGAAAUCAACAGUUGGUUACUGGUUAGAUGUGUUUGCAUUUAAAGACUCUUCUGGCGAUCUAGUCGGUGAUUUGAAUGGUCUCACAUCUGAAGUAGAUUACAUCAAAACUGUAGUCGGUGCAGGAUAUGUGAUAUUGGGUCCCAUUACUAAAGGAUUUUACACUAAUUCAUACAAUAUGCUCGGAUUAGUGGAAGAUUACAAGCAGUUAGAUGAGGCAGUCGGCACAAUGGAUGAUUUUCGUGGUCUUUUAAAAAGAUUUCAUAAAAAGGACAUAAAAGUUAUCUUGACAUUCGAUUUCAAUGCCAUAUCCAUCAAUCAUAAAUGGAUCACAGAGAACAAAGUCAAACUGAAUUCGUUUGAAAAUUCUCUUAAUAAUAAAAUGUCACGAUACGGAAAAGCGAUCAAUGUAGAUAUCGGUGGUCAGAAGUUUUAUUCUGUAUUUGGAUCACCGAAUGUAGAUCUAGAUUUAACUUCUUCCGAAACUCAGAAAGCAAUAUUUGAUGUGAUCCACUUUUGGAUGAAAGAAGGAAUAGAUGGAAUUCUCCUGGAUAAUGCUGCAUUUUUUGUUGAAGAAGAAGAAGAAGGAACACAAAGCAACCUCGGUUCAACAUGGUUGGAAAACUGUCCUAAUUCUCAAUUAUAUAGAAAUGGAAGUGUGAAAUUUGUUGAAGGUGUAAGAGAAGAAAUGAACAAGUGGAUUAAGGAAAGUGGGAAAGAAAAAUUAUUGGCUGUGAACUCUGGUGAUACAGGUUGUGGUGUGGGCGAUAAUCCAGAUCCAAUGUUAAUGUUCAGAGAUGUGGCUGAUUUAAUAAUCAGUCGUGAAUUGGUUUUCAAUAGGGGUAGAAGUGAAUCCCGAGAAUCAUUCGACAAAACAGCCAUACAGAAAUAUUCUACAUAUUCAGACUCUGAUAAGGAGAAAUUAGGAUUGAUAACAAGUACUUCAAAUAAUCCAGCAGAUUCAGAUGUGAUUCAGCUUGCAUUAACAUUAUUAUUACCAGUUAUAUCCAAAAGGGAACGUUACAAUGAUGAAGAGGCAUUUUGGUCUACACGAUCUCAUUUACCAAUGCCAUGGGAUUUCAAUGGGAGGAGAUUUUCAGCAACAGUAAAUGACUCUAGUUUUAGUGACUAUUUGGAUGGUUAUUCACAUAAGGAAACCAUUGAAAUUCAGCUUGCUGAGGGAAAUAAUCUAUCAAAACUUCAUCUCGUUAAGAAAUUGGUGACUUUACGUCAGCAUCAUAGUUUGAAAUGGGGAACAAUGGAGCGGAUAAGUUUUGGUGAAGAAUCGUCGGAUCAUGUAGAAGCAUUUGUACGAAAGGCAAAAGGAUUUCCAUCAUUCAUUGUGGUGAUAUUGAAGCAGUUAAUGGAGGAUUAUCUUUUGGAUCUCACUUCUAUUUGUUCAUCAGUUACAUCGAAAAUAAUUUAUCCUUCACAUCCACAUUUACAAGUUGACAUUCCAUUAACAACUUCAAAAAUAUACAUUCCGAAAAUGGACAAUUCAAACUACAUCUUAGUAUUUCAUUGUAAUUGA